AAGAAGACUCACUAUAUAUUUUAAUCACAUAUUAGCACUCACUAUAUAUUUUAAUCACAUAUUAGCUUUACAUAAAGUAAAGAAGACUCAUUAUAUAUCAUAAUCACAUAUUAGCUCACGGUAAAAUAAAGAAGACUUAUGCAUCAAUGUAAUAUACUAUAUAUUAUAAUCAUAUAUUAGCUUGACGUAACAUAAAGAAGACUCCUGCAUCAAUCACUAUAUAUAUAAUCGCAUAUUAGCUCACUAUAAAGUAAAGAAGACUUCUGCAUCAAUGUACUAUAUAUCAUAAUCACAUAUUAGCAAACUAUAAAGAAAUGAAGACUUGUGCAUCAAUGCACUAAAUAUCAUAAUCGUGUAUUAGCUUGCCAAUAAGUAAAAAGGACUAAAGCAUCAGUGUACAAUCAUAAUCACAUAUUAUAGCUCAAUUUUAUUGACGGCUUGAAGACAAAGCCGUCUAUUUCUUAAAACAAAAUUUUGCAGCUACAAUCACGAUCUCAACAACAACAACAUAAGCAUAUAAUCUCACAAGUGGGGUUUGGGGAGGGUGGGGUGUACGCAACCUCACCCCUACUUUGUGAAGUUAGAGAGAUUGUUUCCAAUGGAUACCUCGGUUCAAGUAAAACAUAUCAAAUGAGGCAUGGAAAGGGAAACAGUAGAUACAAUCACUAUCUCCACUAUUCAAAUUAAGAAUAGGAUGUUAGAAACUCCACGUAAAAAGACCAGCUCGAUCCAACAAUGAUGAAUCGAAAAUGCAAAUUAAAUAUUAACCGGACCAAAACAUUUAAAAAUCAUAAUAUGGAUCCCACUUGUAAAGUUAUUACUUUUUUCGUUUGUCGAGAAGUGGGGAAGCCUUAGCAGGGCCUAUUUCAAAAGUCUAAUGAUGUUUGCAGAAUUUUGUGCCAUCAUAAGAUACGAUUCAACCAGAGAAUGAGGCAGUAAUACAUGAAGAUGCAGAUAACCAUGUGGUCAUUUUUCAUUCUUCUGACGGGGCUGCUUUCUAAAGAAACAACACAAGUUUCAGCUAUAAGAAUAUGGUCAUCAUCAGCAAUAUUAUCUUCACAAAGACCUGGAUGCCCAGAACGAUGUGGCAACGUAACCAUUCCUUUUCCAUUUGGAAUAGGAAAAAAGUGUUACUUCAAUGAAGCAUUUGAAGUGAGCUGCGAUAACAAUACUGCUUUUAGUCAUGGUAAUGGUUUGCCUGUGCAACACAUAUCAAUGGACUCCAUCACUCUUUAUAUUACUUUUACUCCUUUCCUCUACAACAAAUCAUCUGGAAAGAACAUUUACAAUGAUUAUCUUCAAGCAACCAGUAACGAGUAUUUCAGUAUUUCCAACAAGAACAACUUAGUAGCCAUUGGGUGUGACAUUUAUGCUUAUGCCAAAGAUUUAGACACCGGUAGUGGAGGCAGCAUUGUAAGUCAAUGUGCUUCUUUCUGUGGCAACUCCACUUAUAAUGUUUCAUCAUCUUAUUGCACUGGGAAUAACGGUUGUUGUCAGUCUGAAUUAUCAAAAAUAGUACCAAGAGACUUCAAUAUGUACAUACAAACAAUGAACACGGCGGAAACAUCUUGGACAUCUAGCAAUUGCACCUAUUACUUAAUUGUGGAAAAGGGCAGUUCCGAGUUUGACUUCACUCAGUUACGUGGUAAGUGCAAAGAAGAUGAUCAUUAUGAAGGAAGGAUGGCGCUGGACUGGGUAAUUGGCAAUCUUAGUUGCAACAAAGCCACAAGAAUGCCAAAAUAUGCAUGUACAAAGAAUAGUAGGUGCAUCGAUGAUACUACUAGACCUGCUGGGGGAUACCGAUGCGAUUGCUCUUCUGGUUAUGAAGGCAACCCUUACCUCCUUCAUGGAUGCCAAGACAUCGAUGAGUGUGCCAGUCCAAAAACGAAUCCUUGUCCCAACAAUACUCGCUGUGUUAAUACUCUUGGCACUUACCAUUGUGACUCAAAUAAUGUGAGACAUAUGCUAGCUAAACAACUCUCCAUCGGUAUUGGAGCAGCAAUUAUUUUUGUGAUCCUGGUAGCAGUUUGUCUUUGGCUAUGCAAAUGGCUCCGGAAGAGGGAAGAAAACAAAGCUAAGCAAAAGUAUUUCAAGAGGAAUGGUGGAUUGCUUUUGCGACAACGUAUUUCCUUAAAUGGAGAAAGUAGUGGUGGCUCUUUGCCAAAGCUCUUUUUGAAGGAGGAGUUGGAGAAAGCAACAGACAAUUUCAAUGAAAUUCGAAUUCUUGGUAAAGGAGGGGCUGGGACUGUUUACAAAGGAAUGUUAUCAGAUGGAAGCAUUGUAGCUGUGAAGAAGUCCAAUGCAGUGGAUAAAGAUCAAAUUGGACAGUUUAUAAAUGAGAUACUCAUACUCUCCCAAAUAAAUCACAGACACAUUGUCAAGGUACUUGGUUGUUGCUUAGAAACUCAAGUCCCAUUAUUAGUUUAUGAGUACAUCUCGAAUGGAACCUUGUCAUCCCAUGUUCAUGGAAACCUCAGUCACAGUUCUAACCACAUCGAUGAGUGUGCCAGUCCAAAAAGGAAUCCUUGUCCCAACAAUACUCGCUGUGUUAAUACUCUUGGCACUUACCAUUGUGACUCAAAUAAUGUGAGACAUAUGCUAGCUAAACAACUCUCCAUCGGUAUUGGAGCAGCAAUUAUUUUUGUGAUCCUGGUAGCAGUUUGUCUUUGGCUAUGCAAAUGGCUCCGGAAGAGGGAAGAAAACAAAGCUAAGCAAAAGUAUUUCAAGAGGAAUGGUGGAUUGCUUUUGCGACAACGUAUUUCCUUAAAUGGAGAAAGUAGUGGUGGCUCUUUGCCAAAGCUCUUUUUGAAGGAGGAGUUGGAGAAAGCAACAGACAAUUUCAAUGAAAUUCGAAUUCUUGGUAAAGGAGGGGCUGGGACUGUUUACAAAGGAAUGUUAUCAGAUGGAAGCAUUGUAGCUGUGAAGAAGUCCAAUGCAGUGGAUAAAGAUCAAAUUGGACAGUUUAUAAAUGAGAUACUCAUACUCUCCCAAAUAAAUCACAGACACAUUGUCAAGGUACUUGGUUGUUGCUUAGAAACUCAAGUCCCAUUAUUAGUUUAUGAGUACAUCUCGAAUGGAACCUUGUCAUCCCAUAUUCAUGGAAACCUCAGUCACAGUUCUAACCCUUCUGUCUCAAAGUCUGAGUUGGAUGAUCAGAUUCUUCCGCACCCAGCAAUAAUAUUAUCGUGGGAUCAUCGGGUGCGAAUUGCUGCAGAAAUAGCAGGGGCACUAUCUUACAUGCACUCAUGUGCUUCUACUCCCAUUCUUCACAGAGAUAUAAAAUCAAGCAACAUAUUACUAGACGAAAAUUUUAGAGCAGUGGUUUCUGAUUUUGGACUAUCGAGAUUGUUGUCUGUUGACAAGACUCAUUUAACAACAAUGGUAGGGGGUACAUUUGGUUACAUAGAUCCAGAAUACUUCCGCUCAGGUCAACUUACAGACAAAUGUGAUGUCUAUGCCUUCGGUGUAAUUCUUGCAGAGCUUCUAACAAGUCAAAGAGUUGUCACUUCAAACCAACCAGAAGAUCCAGGUUUGGCUUUCCGUUUCACAUUAGCAUUGAAAGAAAAUCGUAUAAUUGAGAUUGUAGACCCUGAAAUUGUAAAAGAAGUUGAGGAUGAACAUGUGAUUCCUGCUGUGGCCAAACUUGCCAAGAGAUGCUUAAAUUUUAAUGCAAGGAGAAGGCCAUCCAUGAAGGAGGUGGCAGCUGAACUUGAACAACAAGGAAAAAUGAGGCAAGAUAUGCCUCAUACUGAGAGUUUUAAAGAUAACAUUUCACCAAAAAGUGAAAGUAGUCAUACUUCUGAUUGUUCCGAAGAAGAUAAUCAGAACUCAGUGUCUCACAAGUCACAAUGAAAUACAUUAUGACAGAAAAGCAAGUUUGUAACUUCUAUAACUUCAACUUUUAUCUUUUGUAAUUGUAAUGUCGAAGUAAUUGCAUGUAUGGACACAAUCAAAUGAAGAUUAGCAUGAUUUGCAUUAAUAUUUAA